CCCCGCCCCGCCCCAGCUGCCGCUGCGAAGCGUCUGGAACCGCAUCCUUGCCCGGAGACCGCAACCCGCCGCAGCAGCCGGUCGGAGCCACCCGUGAGCCAUUUCCACAUUUCUCCCUGUGGAGCGAAGAGCGGGGCGGGGGGUGUGCGCAGGUGACUAGCAUCCCGAGUGGGGGGCAGUGCGAAAGAGAGCCUGUGACGUGACCUGCAGCCGAGCUUCGUGGGCUAUCACUUAAGGGACAGGGACCACCUCCCACCAUGGUGAAACUGGGCUGGAGCUUCUCCGGGAAGCUGGGGAAAGACGUUGUGGCCCAGGACGGGGCUGCCAUGGACAGUGUCCCUCUGAUUAGCCCCCUGGAUGUCAGCCAGCUGCAGCCGUCAUUCCCUGACCAGGUGGUCAUCAAGACCCAGACGGAAUAUGGACUGCCCUCCACGGGCCAGCUGAAGAAGUUCCCGGACCUGGAGGCCCAGAAGUUGGCUGGCACCAACUCAGAGGAAAGACAUGGGAUGCCCGCAGCUCGGAUGAUCGCCUUUGCCAUGGCGCUGCUGGGCUGUGUCCUGAUCAUGUACAAGGCCAUCUGGUACGACCAGCUCGCCUGCCCCGACGGCUUCCUGCUGCGGCACCGGAUGUGCACCCCGCUGACCCUGGAGAUGUACUACUCGGAGCUGGACCCGGAGCGCCACCGCCGCAUCAUGGCCGCCCUGGGCGCCUACCAGCCCAGCGGCAAGCCGGGCGCCGAGCUGCCCGCGCCCUGGAGGCCCAGCCGCCGCGCGGGCAAGGAGGCGCCCAAGGAGGCGCCCAAGGCUGUUCCCCAGGCGGGCACAGCCACGGCCACCGCGCUCCCGGGGAAGCCCGCGGCAGGUGGAGAGAAGGACCCUGUGGUGCCGCCAGAGGGGAGCGCGCCGCCCUCUGUCCCCGCCCCGCAGUGAUGGCCCGCGCGCAGCCUGGCAGCGCCCCGACCGCGGCACCUGUGACCAUCCCUCUGACGCCGUCCCGCCUCGUGGUCGUGCCCCAUCCCCAGGACCCUGCUGAUGCCCACCGCCCGGCGUCCCAUGCUCUGUCGCUUUUCUCUAAGUAAAGAUUCACAUCUGCGCCCACCUGA